CUCACAUUGUUUGCAUUCCUAACUCCUCUUCGUGCAUGAAGGAGCAAAUAAAUGCUGGAAAAUAAUCCCUAGAGUUGUCCCUUUUCAUUCUCCAUCCACAUGUGUGACAACAACAAGCUCCGAUCCACUGUAAGCUGAGCAAAGAAGAGAUCUACAGAGUGAGUCAUUUUCUCUGAGAGCUGAAAUGGAGCAGAAAGGAGAUCAACUGGACCAAGAAACCUUUUCUUGUUCGAUCUGUCUGGAUCUACUGAAGGAUCCAGUGGCUAUUCCCUGUGGACACAGCUACUGUAUGAACUGUAUCAAAUCACACUGGGAUGGAGAAGAUCAGAUGAAGAUCUGCUGCCCUCAGUGCAGACAGACUUUCACACUGAGGCCUGUCCUGAAGAAAAACACCAUGUUAGCAGUUUUAGUGGAGCAGCUGAAGACUGGACCCCAAGCUGCUGCUGCUGUUCACUGCUAUGCUGGACCUGAAGAUGUGGCCUGUGAUGUCUGCACUGGGAGGAAGAGGAAAGCCCUCAAGUCCUGUCUGACUUGUCCGGCCUCUUACUGUGAGAAUCACCUCCGGCAUCAUUUUGAUGCACCUCCACUAAAGAAACACAAGCUGGUGGAGCCCUCAGAGAAGCUCCAGGAGAACAUCUGUUCUCUUCAUGAUGAGGUGAUGAAGAUGUUCUGCUGUACUGAUCAGCAGAUUAUCUGUUAUCUCUGCUCUGUGGAGGAUCAUAAAGGCCACGACACAGUCUCAGCUGCAGCCGAAAGGACUGGGAGGCAGAGAGAUCUCGAGGUGAGUCGACUCAACAUCCAGCAGAGAAUCCAGGACAGAGAGAAAGAUGUGGAGCUGCUUCAACAGGAGGUGGAGGCCGUCAGUCUCUCUGCUGAUAAAGCAGUGGAGGACAAUGAGAAGAUCUUCACUCAGCUGAUCCGUCGCCUCCAGAAAAGAAGCUCUGAUGUGAAGCAGCAGAUCAGAUCCCAGCAGGAAACUGAAGAGAGUCGAGUCAAAGAGCUUCAGGAGAAGCUGCAGCAGGAGAUCACUGAGCUGAAGAGGAAAGACGCUGAACUGAAGCAGCUCUCACACACAGAGGAUCACAACCAGUUUCUACACAACUACCCCUCAGUGUCACAACUCAGUGAACCUACAGACUCAUCCAGCAUCAAUAUCCGUCCUCUGAGAUACUUUGAGGAUGUGACAGCAGCUGUGUCAGAGCUCAGAGAUAAACUACAGGACAUCCUGAGUGACAAAUGUACGAACAUCUCACUGACUGAGAUUAAAGUGGAAAUUAUACUGCCAGAACCAGAGUCCAAGACCAGAGCUGAGUUCUUAAAAUAUUCACGUGAAAUCACUCUGGAUCCAAACACAGCAAACACACAUCUGCGGUUAUCUGCAGGGAACAGAAGAGCAGAAGGACGGAGAAACCCACAGUAUUAUUGCAGUCAUCCAGAUAGAUUCACUGGAUGGUGUCAGGCCCUGAGCAAAGAGAGUCUGACCGGACGUUGUUACUGGGAGGUGGAGUGGAGCGGAGGAGGAGUUCGUGUAGCUGUAGCAUACAAGGAUAUCAGCAGAACAGGAAGCUUGGAUGAAUGUGGAUUUGGAUUCAAUGACAAAUCUUGCGCUUUACAUUGUGAAACUGAAGGUUAUACAUUUUUGUUCAAAAACAUCUCAACUCCCGUCUCAGGUCCUCGAUCCUCCAGAGUCGGAGUGUACCUGGAUCACAGAGCAGGUAUUCUGUCCUUCUACAGCGUCUCUGAAACCAUGACUCUCCUCCACAGAGUCCAGACCACAUUCAAUCAUCCUCUCCAUGCUGGAAUUUGUCUUUGUUAUUAUUCUGAUGGAGCUGACGCUGAAAUCUUACCUGCUCUGGAACCAUGGGGUCUCCAUCCAGGACCGGAAGAAGAGACUCCUCCACUCAGUCCCACCCCACACUGGUUCUCUCCAUACCCAACACGAGACCUGUACAGCAUGCUGUACAGGUCUUGUGAGUCGCUGCCUCUGAGAGCUGAAAUGGAGCAGAGAGGACUUCAGGUGGACCAGGAAACCUUUUCUUGUUCAAUCUGCCUGGAUAUACUGAAGGAUCCAGUGACAAUUCCCUGUGGACACAGCUACUGUAUGAGCUGUAUCAAAUCACACUGGGAUGAAGAGGAUCAGAGGAGGAUCUACAGCUGCCCUCAGUGCAGAGAGAUCUUCACACCGAGGCCUGUCCUGAAGAAAAACACCAUGUUAGCAGCUUUAGUGGAGCAGCUGAAGAAGACUGGACUCCAAGCUGCUCCUGCUGAUCACUGCUAUGCUGGACCUGAAGAUGUGGCCUGUGAUGUCUGCACUGGGAGGAAGCUGAAAGCCUUCAAGUCCUGUCUGACAUGUUUGAUCUCUUACUGUGAGGAUCACCUCCAGCCACACUAUCAACUACCUGCCUUUGAAAAACACAAGCUGGUAGACCCCGUGAAGAAGCUCCAGGAGAACAUCUGCUCUCGUCAUGAUGAGGUGAUGAAGAUAUUCUGCCGUACAGAUAAGAAACGUAUCUGUUAUCUCUGCUCUGUGGAUGAACAUAAAGGUCAUGACACAGUCUCAGCUGCAGCAGAAAGUACUGAGAGGCAGAGAGAGUUCGAGGUGAGACGACUAAUCCAGGACAGAGAGAAAGAUGUGAAGCUGCUUCAACAGGAGGUGGAGGCUAUCAGUCGCUCUGCUGAUAAAGCAGUGGAGGACAGUGAGAAGAUCUUCACUCAGCUGAUCCGUCUCCUCCAGAAAAGAAGCUCUGAUGUGAAGCAGCAGAUCAGAUCCCAGCAGGAAACUGAAGUGAGUCGAGUCAAAGAGCUUCAGGAGAAGCUGCAGCAGGAGAUCACUGAGCUGAAGAGGAAAAACGCUGAACUGAAGCAGCUCUCACACACAGAGGAUCACAACCAGUUUCUACACAACUACCCCUCAGUGUCACAACUCAGUGAACCUACAGACUCAUCCAGCAUCAAUAUCCGUCCUCUGAGAUACUUUGAGGAUGUGACAGCAGCUGUGUCAGAGCUCAGAGAUAAAUUACAGGACAUCCUGAGGGACGAAUGGACAAACAUCUCACUGACAGUGACAGAAGUGGACGUUUUACUUUCAGAACCAGAACCCAAGACCAGAGCUAGAUUCUUAAAAUAUUCACGUUUAAUCACUCUGGAUCCAAACACAGCAAACCCAUGGCUGCUAUUAUCUGAGGGCAACAGAGAAGUAGAAAUGUGUCCACCACAGCCUUAUACUCCUCAUCCAGACAGGUUCACUUAUUAUCGUCAGGCCCUGAGCAAAUGGAGUCUGACUGGACGUUGUUACUGGGAGGUGGAGUGGAGAGGGGACGGAGUUCGUGUAGCUGUUGCAUACAAGAAUAUCGGCAGAGCAGGAGACUCAGAUGAAUGUAGAUUUGGACGCAACAACAAAUCCUGGGCUUUACAGUGUGACACUGACGGUUAUGAGUUUUGGUUCAACAACCUUAAAACUCUCGUCUCAGGUCCUGUUUCCUCCAGAGUCGGAGUGUACCUGGAUCACAGCGCAGGUAUUCUGUCCUUCUACAGCGUCUCUGAAACCAUGACUCUCCUCCACAGAGUCCAGACCACAUUCACUCAGCCUCUCUAUGCU